AUGAAUGAUCGGAUUGUGAUGUUGGAGGAAAUGAGCUCGAAAUGUGUCUGCGAUGAAGUCUCGCACUCUCACAGAUCUAGUCCAGUUGAAAGCAACAACCAGGGUAGCACUAGCAGAGUUGUUCCAUGCAAUGAAAAAGCCUCAACUACUCCCACUACCACUCAUGUCAGUAGACCAAAUGAGGCGCAAGUGCCAGAGAAAUUUACAUCUUACAAGUUACUAAGUUGGUACAAGGAUGGAGAGGGGGUUGUCAAUGUAUAUUUUUCCCGUAGUGGCAAAACGUUCUACACAGAUUCAAACGGGCGGGAUUUUAUCAAAAGGGUCAGAGACUACGGAGCAGAUUGGGACCUACAAGUAAACCAACAUAUAGCUGGAAACUACUAUCAAAUUAGUAUUGGAGUACAUGUAGAAGAUGAUAAGACUGAGCUUUCGGUUUUGGUAGACCGGUCAGUGGGUGGAUCCAGUUUAAUGGAUGGACAAGUAGAGAUGAUGAUCCGUAGGAGGUUGGUUUAUGAUGAUUCCAGAGGUGUUGCAGAGGCACUGAAUGAAACAUUCUGUGUCGCUGACAAAUGCAUAGGGUUAAUAAUUCAAGGUAACUUUUAUCUCAGGAUUGACCCUGUGGGGGAGGGAGCCAAGUGGCGUCGUUCAUCCGGUCAAGAAAUAUAUUCGCCGUUUCUCUUAGCCUUCACUGAACAGGAUGGCGAUAAUUGGAGGAGCUCUCAUGUUACGUCUUUUUCAGGGAUGGAUCCCUCUUACAGUCUACCUGAUAAUGUUGCAAUGCUAACCUUACUGGAAGGUCACUCACAAACAAUCUUUUUUAAUCUUCCAAAACAUCAAAAGCAAAAAUCAUACUGA